GCAGGCAGCGGGCGCAUGAUGGCGGCGGCGGCAGGGAGCGCCAGCGGCGGCGGCAGCAGCGGCGGGGGCGGCGGCGGCAGCAGCAGCAGCGACACGUCCAGCACCGGCGAGGAGGAGCGGAUGCGGCGCCUCUUCCAGACGUGCGACGGCGACGGGGACGGAUACAUUAGCAGAAAUGACUUGUUGAUGGUCUGUCGCCAACUGAAUAUGGAGGAGUCUGUGGCUGAGAUCAUGAACCAGCUGGGAGCAGAUGAACACGGGAAGAUUUCCUUUCAGGAUUUUACAAGGUGCCGCAUGCAGCUCGUUCGAGAAAUUAGGAAGGAGGAAGUAGGUCUUUCUGAGAAGUCAGACAACUCCUGUAAAAAGAAGCUGCGGGAUAGAAUUGCGUCCUGGCCCACGAGCAGCGACAACAGUUUGGGUGCCCUAUCAGCGGCCAGGGAGAGCUGGGAGUACGACUCGGGAGCCAGGGACCUCCAGAGCCCGGACUUGCAGAGUCAUUGGGCCCUGCAGAAGCUUCUGGAGCACAGUGGACGCUCUUUGAGCCAGCAGGCUGCGGCCCUCCACACGCUGCGCACACAGUCCCGGCAUUUUGGCAGUUCUGGAGGAGGAAGCUAUCUGGAGCUGGCCAACACGCUCCACUUGGCAGCCCUGGCAUCACUCAAGGGAGAUAUAGUGGAACUUAAUAAACGUCUGCAGCAAACGGAGCGGGAACGAGACCUUCUGGAAAAGAAAUUAGCCAAGGCACAGUGUGAGCAGUCCCACCUCAUGAGAGAACAUGAGGAUGUCCAGGAGAGGACGACGCUUCGGUACGAGGAGCGCAUCACGGAACUCCACAGCAUCAUUGCUGAACUCAAUAAGAAGAUAGACCGUUUGCAAGGCACCACCAUCAGGGAGGAAGAUGAGUACUCGGAACUGCGAUCAGAACUCAGCCAGAGUCAACAUGAGGUCAAUGAAGACUCUCGAAGCAUGGACCAAGACCAGACCUCUGUCUCCAUCCCUGAAAACCAAUCCACCAUGGUCACUGCUGACAUGGAUAAUUGCAGUGACCUGAACUCUGAGCUGCAGAGGGUGCUGACGGGGCUGGAGAAUGUGGUCUGCUGCAGGAAGAAGAGCAGCUGCAGCCUCUCUGUGGCUGAGGUGGACAGACACAUCGAGCAGCUCACCACGGCCAGUGAACACUGUGACUUGGCCAUCAAGACAGUCGAGGAGAUUGAAGGGGUACUUGGCCGGGACCUGUAUCCCAACCUGGCGGAAGAGCGGUCUCGUUGGGAGAAGGAGCUGGCCGGGCUGAGGGAAGAGAAUGAGAGCCUGACCGCCAUGCUGUGCAGCAAAGAGGAGGAGCUGAACAGGACCAAGGCCACCAUGAAUGCCAUCCGGGAGGAGCGGGACCGGCUCCGGAGGCGGGUUCGAGAGCUUCAAACACGACUACAGAGCGUGCAGGCCACAGGGCCCUCCAGCCCUGGCCGCCUCACUUCAGCCAACCGCCCAGUCAACCCCAGCACUGGGGAGCUGAGCACGAGCAGCAGCAGCAAUGACAUUCCCAUUGCCAAGAUUGCUGAGAGGGUGAAGCUCUCGAAGACCAGGUCCGAGUCUUCGUCGUCAGAUCGGCCGGUCUUGGGAUCAGAAAUCAGUAGCAUAGGGGUAUCCAGCAGCGUGGCAGAACACCUGGCCCACUCUCUUCAGGACUGCUCCAACAUCCAGGAGAUCUUCCAGACGCUCUACUCACACGGAUCUGCCAUCUCGGAAAGCAAAAUUCGAGAGUUUGAGGUGGAAACGGAACGGUUGAAUAGCCGCAUCGAACACCUCAAAUCCCAAAAUGACCUCCUGACUAUAACCCUGGAAGAAUGCAAAAGCAACGCGGAGAGGAUGAGCAUGCUGGUGGGAAAGUACGAAUCCAACGCCACCGCGCUGAGGCUGGCCCUGCAGUACAGUGAGCAGUGCAUCGAAGCCUACGAACUCCUCCUGGCACUGGCUGAGAGCGAGCAGAGCCUCAUCCUGGGGCAGUUCCGGGCGGCCGGUGUGGGGUCCUCCCCUGGAGACCAGUCAGGGGACGAGAACAUCACUCAGAUGCUCAAGCGUGCUCACGACUGCCGGAAGACAGCUGAGAAUGCAGCCAAGGCCCUGCUCAUGAAGCUGGAUGGCAGCUGCGGGGGCGCAUUCGCCGUGGCUGGCUGUAGUGUGCAACCCUGGGAGAGCCUCUCCUCCAACAGCCACACCAGCACAACUAGCUCCACGGCCAGUAGCUGCGACACGGAGUUCACUAAGGAAGACGAGCAGAGGCUGAAGGACUACAUCCAGCAGCUCCGGAAUGACAGGGCCGCGGUCAAGCUGACCAUGCUGGAGCUGGAGAGCAUCCACAUCGACCCCCUCAGCUACGACGUGAAGCCCCGGGGGGACAGCCAGCGGCUGGAUCUGGAGAACGCGGUGUUGAUGCAAGAGCUGAUGGCCAUGAAGGAGGAGAUGGCCGAGCUGAAGGCCCAGCUCUACCUCCUGGAGAAGGAGAAGAAGGCCCUGGAGCUGAAGCUGAGCACGCGGGAGGCCCAGGAGCAGGCCUACCUGGUGCACAUCGAGCACCUGAAAUCCGAAGUGGAGGAACAGAAGGAGCAGCGCAUGCGCUCCCUGAGCUCCACCAGCAGCGGUGGCAAGGAGAAGCCUGGCAAGGACUGUGCGGAUGCCACCUCCCCAGCUCUGUCACUGGCUGAACUGAGGACAACGUGCAGCGAGAGCGAGCUGGCUGCCGAGUUCGCCAAUGCCAUCCGUAGAGAAAAGAAGCUAAAGGCCAGAGUUCAAGAGUUGGUGAGCGCCUUGGAAAGACUCACCAAGAGCAGUGAAAUCCGACACCAGCAAUCAGCAGAGUUCGUGAAUGACCUGAAGCGGGCCAACAGCAACCUGGUGGCUGCCUAUGAAAAAGCCAAGAAGAAGCAUCAGAACAAACUGAAGAAGUUGGAGUCUCAGAUGAUGGCCAUGGUGGAGAGACAUGAGACCCAAGUGAGGAUGCUCAAGCAAAGAAUAGCUCUGCUGGAGGAGGAGAACUCAAGGCCACACACCAAUGAAACUUCGCUUUAAUCGGCACUUGGUUGGUCUCCAAAGCUCUGUGGAAGCUCAACUCGAGCAGGUCGCCGGGGAGAGAAGGGCCCUGGGAGACAGAGCACCUGGUGGGAGAGGGAUGGAAGGGAAGGCUGGCAGGUGGGUGAGCACCUGCACAAUGGAGUACCAUGGACUCUGCUCUGGGGACGAAUGGCCUGGUGACACCGUGCAGACUCUAGCCGGAGGAUCCCGCUCCUCCCUUUCUGGGCCCAGGGACAGCGUGUAUAUAGCUGCUGUGUGCCACGCGCAGUAGGCCUUGCUUCUGCUUCCAGCGCGGGCACUCUCCCUCCCACCUGUUCGCUUUCUGGAGGUUGUGCCUCGGUGGUACCCUGGGCAUUCAUUUGUUUUGGAUCGUCCGUGCUUUUCUUCUUUUUUUGGUAGUGACCGGCCCUCUGUCAUCCCCAGUUUCUCCUUUCUUUCUACUUCAGGGAUAAACACUGACACAUGUGGGAGUGCGGAGGGGUUAUCUUCAGCCUCUCGAACUGCUGAUCUGCUUACUGCACCAGGCUUUGGUUUUCGAGACCCACGUACCAGCUCUGAGACACAGGCUGUCACUCAGAGGUGCUCGAAGAGGUAGAUUACAGGGGAGGGUACACAGGGCUUAGGGUCCCAGGUACAUCUGAAGUUAUAGGUAGAGCAAGCCCAGGGCUUCUACCUGAACAAUUCUGUUUGGGAGAAUGAGCACUUCUUUUACCUCUCACUGUGGAGGUAGGGCUGGGAAGAGCACUUCCUUCUGAAUAUGGGAUUUUCCCUCCCAGUGGAGUCUUAUUAAAGCCAAGACUUAGAGCUGAGACGGUCCUGUUGAGACACAGUGGAACUAAACUUUUAUCAUGAGCUGCUUCAAGAGCAGAGGAGCACUGUUAGUAAUUCUGCUCCCCACCCCUCGAGGGCACAACAUAACUGCUAUUCCACAACCAUCAAAAUUCAUCCACCUGAUAUGUACGGAGCUCUGGACCUGCCUCUGUUCUUCUCCAAGGGCAAGAGGCAGGACACUGAGCAGAAUGUUUGGCGGUCGAUCCCACCCCACCUAUUUAAGAGGCAGCUACUGAACCACCAGUUCAAGACUUCGCUCCUGCUGUUACGAAGGGUAGGGGGUGAAGGAAUGGUCAUCGAGGCCUCCUUUUGCCCGCAUCCCCCACCCCCCGCCCCCAAAGUGGUGGUUAGUAUACGGUACUUAGGUUAAAUUUUAAGUAAAAUGCUGACAAGGCUGGGCCAGGACCGAAGUGCCUGAAUUCUUUCAGGAAGGCCUCCAUCUUAUACUCAUUAUUCCAUCUCCUGUCUUUCAAGUCUUCUUAGUUAUGCCACACGAAUAUAUUCUGAAGGACCACUUGCAUUUCACUCUGUAGUACUGGAAGAUCCACCCAAAGCCCCCCAAGAAUUCUAUCCCAAUGCCAGAGUUCACAAAGUUUUGUUUAUGAACAGGUCACCCCAUCAGAGUCCCAACGUCCAUGAGCUGAAGAUCUAUUUUCAGACAACCUGAUACAAGUUCCUCAGCCUUCUUUGCAAUGGAGAAGCCACUCCAGCCACCACCUUGGAGGGCAGAGCAAUUCCAGCCCAAAAGCAACCACCCUUCUUUCUUAGGCCCACAGUAAGGCUUUCCCAAAACCACCACCAAAAACCAAAAAAACUGUUACCAGUCUGGAAGGACCAGCUUUUGGCUGCUUUGAUCACUGUGAAAGUGCCCACUGGCUCCUGAUUCUAUUGUGAAUCUACCAUUUAGUCAAGGUUGGUUCUUGUGAUUUUUUUAAAUCGAUUUUUACUCUUUGGAUAAAGUUUCAUUUUGUCCUAAGGAAAACGUGACUCAAGUUAUAUGGGGGGUGGGGGAGGGUGUUUAAAAGACAAAAUACUGGUUUUCCCCAUUUUUCCAAGGGGAAAUAUUUGAGACCAAACAUUCAAAACAGACAGCAUUCAUCUUCACCAACCCUGAAAAGUAUAGCUGACACAGGAAUAUAAUCCUGUCUGCUGACUUCGGUCUACCAUUCUUAGUCCAAGUUCAAAGAAAACUCACCCUUUUUAGGGUCGUGUAACUCUUCCAGACCCAAGAGGUCUCCUCUCCUCCAUUAUAAGCCCAAGUAUUACUGACCCUACUGACCCUACUGACCCUACCUGGCCUCCUUUCGAAUUUAUACUUCAACAUAAUACUUUUAAAUAUGUGGUGAUUGGGUGAAAACUCUUUCCCCAGAAAAACUGUUACUUUUUAUAAAUGUGUGGAAUAAAAAAAAAGGCAAUUAAA